ACACUCUCAUAGUUUUCUUUGCAAUCAGAAAACAACAAAAUGGGAGACAUCUCCCAUGACUUUGAAGCUGUCACAAAGGCUUUCUCAGGAUUUGGUGUUGAUGAGAUUUCAUUGAUAUCAACACUGGGGAAGUGGCAUCAUGAAGAGAGGAAAUCAUUUAGGAAAGGGGCUCCCCAAUUCUUCACGGAGGAUGAUCGGCUUUUCGAGAGAUGGAAUGAUGGACACAUCGCACAACUCCAAAUUGAAUUCUUACGUUUCAAGAACGCUAUGGUGCUGUGGACCAUGCAUCCUUGGGAAAGAGAUGCUCGUUUGUUAAAGGAGGCAUUGACAAAGGGACCGGAGUCGUAUCGAUUGCUGAUAGAGGUGGCGUGUACUAGAUCGUCCGAAGAGCUAUUCGGAGCAAGAAGAGCCUACCACUCUCUCUUUGACCACUCCAUGGAAGAAGACGUUGCCUACCAUAUCAAUGGCCCUGAGCGCAAGCUUUUCGUAGCACUUGUGAGUUCAUAUCGAUACGAAGGACAGCGUGUUAAUGAUGCGACUGCAAAAUCUGAGGCCAAGACACUUGGUGCUGCCAUUAAAAAUGCUAAUAAGAAGAAGCCAAUCGAGGACGAAGAGGUAGUGAGGAUACUAGCAACAAGAAGCAAGCUCCAUCUCAAGGCAAUUUUCAGGCACUACAAGGAAAUGUGUGGCAAAAACAUUGAUGAGGAUCUUGAAGCUGACUUGAUCUUAAAGGACACAGUGCAAUGCCUAUGUAUUCCUCAAACAUAUUUUAGCAAGGUAUUGGAUGCAUCAGUGGAAGCAAGUGCAGAUGAGAAUGCUAAAGAAGCUUUGACUCGAGUAAUCGUGACCCGAGCAGAUGUGGAUAUGAAAGAGAUCAACGAAGAGCACCUUAGCAGAUAUGGAUAUACUCUAUCGGACAUGCUUGAAGAUAGAGCUAAUGGGAACUUCAAGGAUUUUUUGCAUGCCUUGGUUGCUAGAGGGGGCUAGUUGGAGAAUAAACUAUCAAAAUUUGGGUGUUGAUGGAUGUGUUUUUCUUAAUGUUUCUUUUGUGAUUUGAUGUUAGGAAUAUAUAAUUGUGUUUUGGAAUAUUACGUAUUAAAAAUCGUUUGAGUUGUAAUUUUA